CCUCUAUGAACCUGCCCAUACUCCGCAAGAUCAUAUUUAGAAACGAACGUAUAUAUUAUCAUUAACAAUGUCUUGGCAAGCUUACGUCGACUCUAGUAUGUUGGGUUCGGGCCAGAUUGCUCGAGGAGCCAUCCUCGGUCAGAAAGGAGGUGUCUGGGCUACCUCUGCCGGGUACACCCUCUCAAAGCCUGAGCAGGAUUUCCUAGUGAAGACCGCUUUCAACACACCAGGAGAGGCUCAGGCUCACGGUAUCACCCUCGCCGGGAUCAAGUACAUGUGUCUGCAAGCGACCGAUGAAGAGCUGCUCGGUCGAAAAGGCGAAAAGGGAUGUAUCAUCAUGAAGACCAAGCAGGCCAUCCUCGUCGCCGAGUACGACCCUCCUGUCAUUGUCGGUGAUGCCAACGUCGUCCUCGCCAAGCUGGCAAAAUACCUCAAGGACAGCGGAUACUAGACGUCUUCGUUCUCAUCACCUCGAUGACCCGGAUGAGCGCGUAGUUGAGAAGGCAGAACGAGCGAAGAAAGAGAGAAAGCCAAGAGGACAAGGAGGAGUCGCAGGAUUGCCAUUUAUGAAACGAAAUUUUCUUCUUGUUACUUAUCGAAUAAGACUUUAUCCGCUAUACACUAUAUACUAUUACCUCUUGAUAUAUGCUGCUCGUGGCGAAUUAUUGUUUGUGUCCUUAUACUGGAUGGACGAAGGCAGA